AUUGCUAUAUCAGAUAUAUUUUGAUGGCAAGUGGUGGGACUGAACGAUCUAGCGAAAGGAUCAAAUGAUCUGGAGAGCAUUGUUCUCAAUUAAGACCAGAGGGAGGAAAGAGCAAGAAGGCACACUUGCUGGUAGACUAUUACUAGAAUCCAGGCAUAAUAUAACCAAAGCCAGGAGAAGCAGAUUAGCAGCCUGAAUGGUCUAUGGGUUCUAUGGAUGUUCAAAAGAUGGAAACUGCAUGCCUUUGCUUUCGCCCCGAUAAAGGGAUGCACAUCCAGUAGGACUCUGAGGUUCUUGGCAGCUGAAACAGAAACCACUAUGCAACCCUAUAAACACAGUGGAGGACAUGAAAGAGGGGCUACUGGAUGGUCAGUCUGAAAUAUAAAGUGUAUGAACAUUUGUUUUCCUUAGAACCAGUGGAGUGGAUGGUGGUCCAUACCAGUUUAUCUCUCUUAGUAGUGAAGUAGAAAAAGCCAUGAUGCAUCCAGCUCAGGUUCUCAUGUCUUUUGAGGAGGUGGCUGUGUAUUUUACCAGAGGAGAAUGGGCAAUGCUGGAUCCUACCCAAAGAGACUUGUACAGAGGUGUCAUUCUGGAGAAUUAUGGGAAUUUGGUAUUCUUGGGCUGCUCAGUGGCAUUGAGUUCACAUUUUGAGUUGUCUCCUCCUUGGGUUGGAACAUCAUCAUCAGCUUCAGUGCAUGCUGUUCAGGAUCCCAUGUCUUUUGAGGAGGUGGCUGUAUUUUUCACAAAGGACGAGUGGGCUCUGCUGGAUCAAGGCCAGAGAGCUCUAUAUGUGGAUGUCAUGGUGGAGAAUUUUGGAAAUGUGGCUUCUCUGAGUAUGGAUACAAAAGGUCUUCCAGUUCCCAGAUCUCACUUCAUCUCAUGGUGGGAAGAAAAAGAAGAAAACCCAUCGUUUCCUGGUGGCUUUAUAGGAGGGACAUCAGCAGCUGACAGAAAGGAGACUAAGAAAGGCAGAAAGCAACAGAAGAUGAAAACUGCAGAAAAGCAAGAGGACAAUUUUAUUUCUUUUGAAAGGCAUAAUUGUCAUGAAAUUCCAAUACUAGAAGAAUGUCCUGAAGAGAAAAAAGAAGCUGUUCAUAUGGCAGAGGAACUGUUGAUAUGCUCUGAGUGUGGAGAAAGCUUCAGCCCAGAGAUGUACCUUAUUCAUCAAAGAUUUCACUUCAGAGAUGAAACCUUUGUAUGCUUGCAAUAUGGAAAGCCAUUUGUUUCAUAUUCAACCCUUAAGGAGAAUCAGAGGUAUCAGCAAAGAGAGAAGCCUUAUAAAUGUAUGGUGUGCGGAGAAAGCUUCUGCUUGAGCUCAAACUUUAAAAGACAUCAAAUGAAUCACACAGAGAAGAAGCCCUAUAAAUGCUCUGAGUGUGGAAAGCAAUUCAUUUGCAAGUCUCACCUUAAUUCUCAUCAAAGAAUCUACACAGGAGAAAAGCCUUAUAAAUGUUUGGUGUGUGGGAAAAGCUUCCGUCAGAGCAAUUACCUUAAAUCACAUGAAAGAAUUCACACAGGGGAAAAGCCAUAUAAGUGUUCAGCAUGUGGAAAGAGUUUCAGUCAAAGCAAAUAUCUUAAAAUACACCACAGAAUUCACACAGGGGAGAAACCAUAUAAAUGCUCAUUCUGUGGAAAGAGUUUCAGUCGCAGGUCAGAUCUACUAUUGCAUCACAGAAUCCAUACUGGUGAAAAGCCAUUUAAAUGCUUAACAUGUGGAAAGAGCUUCAGUCGAAGUACAGUCCUUAGAGUUCAUCAAAAUACUCACACAGUAGCAAAAAUUUAUAUAUGCCUGGUAUGUGGAAAGCAGUUCAGUCAUAGUUUAAGUCUUAUUUUACAUCAAAGAAAACACACAUGGGAGAGGAUCUAUGCAUGUUCAGACUGUGGGAAAACCUUCAAUUGGAGCUCGAACCUUAAAAGACAUCAAAAGAUUCACACUGGAGAGAAACCUUAUAAAUGCUCUGAGUGUGGGAAGCAAUUCAGACGCAAUUCAGACCUUAGUUUGCACCAGAGAAUCCAUACAGGGGAGAAGCCGUAUAAAUGCUCAGAAUGCGAAAAGAGUUUUAGUGACAGCAGAAGGCUGAAACAGCAUCAAAGAACUCACACAGGGGAGAAGCCCUAUAAAUAUUUGCAGUGUGCAAAAACUUUUAGUCACAGUCAGUACCUCAGAUUACAUCAAAGAAUUCACACAGGUGAGAAGCCCUAUAAAUGCUCUGUGUGUGGAAAGAGUUUCAGUCACAGCAUAAGCUUUAAAUGGCAUCAAAUAAUUCAUACUGGCAUCAAGCCAUAUAAAUGCUCAGAGUGUGAAAAGAGCUUCAGUCAUAGUAUAAGCCUCACUUUUCAUCAAAGAAUCCACACAGGGGAGAAGCCCUACAAGUGUUCAGUGUGUGGGAAAGGCUUCUGCUGGAGUUCAAACCUUAAAAGGCAUCAAAUCAAUCAUGCUGAGGAGAAGCCCUAUAAAUGUUCUGAAUGUCCGAAGCAAUACAUUACCAAGUCAGAUCUUACUAUGCAUCAAAGGAUCCAUACAGGAGAGAAGCCCUAUAAAUGUUUGGCAUGUGGAAAGAGUUUCUCCCAGAGCGCCUAUCUGAAAUCACAUCAAAGAAUCCACACAGGGCAAAAGCCCUACCAGUGCACUGAAUGUGGAAAGUGUUUCAGUCAGAGUUCACACUUCACUGCGCAUAAAAGGAUCCAUAGUGAGGUGAAGCCCUAUCAGUGCUCAGAGUGUGGAAAGAGUUUCAGUCAGAGUUCAUACUUUACUGCACACCAGAGAAUCCAUACAGGAGAGAAGCCGUUCAAAUGUUCAGAGUGUGAAAAGAGUUUUGGUCACAGCACACACCUUAAAAGACACCGGCCGGUAGACACAGGGGAAAAGCCACAUAUAUGUUCCGUAUGUGGAAAUCAAUUCAGUCGUAAGUCUGCCCUUCUAUCACAUGAAAGAAUCCAUACUGGUGAGAAACCGUAUAAAUGCUUUGAGUGUGGAAAGGACUUCAGUCGUAGCACAGACCUUAAAACACAUAAAAGAAUCCACACAGGGGAAAAGCCAUACAAAUGCUUAUACUGUGGAAUUGGUUUCAGUCACAGUUCACAUUUUAAUAUCCAUCAAAGAAUCCACACAGGAGAGGAGCCCUAUAAAUGUUCAGAUUGUGGAAGGUGCUUCAGUCGGAGUACACACCUUAAAAGACAUCAGCUAAUUCACACAGGUGAGAAGCCACAUGAAUGCUCUGAGUGUGGUAAACAUUUCGUUCGCAAGUCAGAUCUUCAGUUGCAUCAAAGAACCCAUACUGGAGAGAAGCCGUAUCAGUGCUCAGAAUGUGGAAAGAGUUUCAGUCAGAGUACACUGCUUAGAAGACACCAACGAACUCAUACAGGGGAUAAGCCAUAUGAGUGCUCAGAAUGUGGAAAGUGUUUCAGUGACAGCCGAAUCCUUAAAGUACACAUAAGAAUCCACACAGGGGAGAAGCCCUACACAUGUUCGGAGUGUGGAAGGAGCUUCACUCAGAGUGCACCCUUGAAAAGACAUCAAAGAAUUCACACAGGAGAGAAGCCCUACAAAUGUUCUGACUGUGGGAAGUGUUUCAGUCACAGCACACCUCUUAAAAGACAUCAAAAAAUCCACACUAACAAUAAAUGGAAUGUGGGAAAGGCUUCAGUUAACUCACAUGGCUUAAUUUUAAAAGAUUUGACUCCAGGGGACAGCAGCAUGUAAAUACUUGGGGUAGAUGGGGUAUUCUGGUGCAGGUUUAUGUGCGGCUUUUUUCUUCUUCUUUUCCUUUCCUUUUUGUGCUUCAUAACCCACAGAAAAUUAAUACUACAACCAAGUGCUUAAACGCAUUUAACAUGGUAGUAACUUUGCUCAGCAUGGCUGAGUGUGGACAAUGAAAUUUAGAUGGAGUCAGCAUCCUACAAGAUGUCUUAAUAUUGUGACUGUACCCACUAGGUUAACCAACUGGCCUCUUAGUUAUGUGAGCCCAAACUUCCACAGUGGUAAACUCAUUCAUGCCUGUCUGCUCAAGAUGUAUUUUUGUAAAGCAGUGUAGUACAUUUUGGAAUCUAGUAUUUUUCUUCUUCUUUAUGGAAUUGCAUGGAGAG